UAGAAACAUCUAACGCCGCAAUGUUGGCUACUCUGACGUUUGACAUAUUUUCAUUUCUGCGCCAGCGCUGUUUGUUCUUUCGUUAAUUAUCAACAUGGCACUAAACUUGCAAGUGAAAGUCCACCCGGUGGUUUUAUUUCAAAUUGUUGAUGCAUACGAAAGAAGGAAUGCAGAUUCCCAUAGAGUUAUCGGUACUCUUCUCGGAACUUCAGAUAAAGGAAUCAUAGAAGUAACAAACUGUUUCUGCGUACCGCAUAAAGAGUACUGCGAUCAAGUUGAAGCCGAGUUAUCCUACGCUAUGGAUGUGUACGACCUAAACAAGAGGGUAAACUCAAGUGAAGCGAUUGUUGGAUGGUGGGCUACGGGACACGAAGUCACUAAUCACAGUGCUGUAAUCCACGAGUAUUAUUCCAGAGAAUGUAACAACCCUGUACAUAUAACGUUGGAUACCAGCCUUCAAGGUGGUCGAAUGGGAUUGAAAGCAUAUGUUUGCGUGCCUUUAGGAGUUCCAAAUGGCAAACAGGGUUGUAUGUUCACUUCAAUACCGAUAGAUGUUGUGUGCUACGAUCCAGAAGUUUUCGGGCUCCAAUUGUGCCAGAAAACCAUGAGUGCUGGUUCAGCAAGAACCAGAAAUGUGAAUCCCAUGCUUGAUUUAAACCAAGUAGCUGAAGCUGGUAGCAAAAUGAGUGUUAUGUUAGACCAGGUACUUGGAUAUGUUGAGGAUGUUUUGGCUAACAGAGUGGGUCCUAAUAAUGCAGUAGGCAGAUCUCUUCUCGAUCUUGUUAACUCUGUUCCACAUAUGACUAAUGAGCAGUUUUCAGAAAUGUUUAAUAGUAACGUUAAGGAUCUUCUUAUGGUUAUUACUUUAUCACAACUUGUUAAAACACAAUUGCAAUUGAAUGAAAAAUUAACUUUGUUGACUUCUAUAUGAAUAAAUAUUUGAAAUAAUGGUUUUUAUUUAAUUUGAAUCUAAUCUUUUUUACUUUAUGUAAACCCUUGUAUGUGAUGU